AAAAUGUUUCCAGGUUAUCAAUGCCCACCAAGACAGACGUGCAUGCGUGUUUGUUGUUGACGUCUAUAUUUCCCCUUAUUUCAGUGUUUAGACGGGAUUUAGGUUUCCUAAAAUGUCGAGAUUAAUCGUCAAAAACCUUCCAAACGGGAUGAAGGAGGAGCGGUUCAAGGAGAUGUUUGCCGCCUUCGGAACCUUGACAGACUGCGGCCUGAAGUUCACCAAGGAGGGCAAGUUCCGCAAGUUUGGAUUUGUGGGCUUCAAGACUGAGGAGGAUGCGGACAAGGCGCUGAAGCAUUUCAAUAAAAGCUUUGUAGACACGUCCAGAGUAACGGUGGAGAUGUGCAAGUCGUUUGGGGACCCCACUAAGGCCAGAGCCUGGAGUAAACACUCCCGUGGCCCAGCCACAGCCCCCAGGGAGAAUAACAAGGAGAAGAAGAAAAAGGAAUCCCCCAGUCUUCUAGGCAAACUGGAGGAUGACGAGGGUUUCCAGGAGUUUGUGUCAGUGCAUCAGAACCGCAACCAGGCAUCUACCUGGGCCAACGACACUCUGCCCCAAUCAGCAGCCCCCGAGACUGGACAGGGGAGGAGUCAGGAGAAGAAGCCUGCCUCCGAUGAUUACCUUAACUUUGACGAGUCAGAUGAGGAGGAGGAAGACCAGGGUGCUGAUAAGGAGGCUCUGAAGUCUGGCCUGUCUGAUAUGGAGUACCUGCGCUCCAAAGUGGCACAGACAGAGGGUGCUGCUGUGGAGAAGGACGAUGAGGAUGAAGAUGCGGAAGACGAGCCUGCCACUGUGCAGCAGACAGAUGGUGCCUAUGAGAGUAGGGACACAGACUGUAUCCAGGGGGCCACAGCACCAGCCUCUUCACUGGAUCAAAGCCAGGGCAAGCCUGUCAAACAGCAGGAGACUGAGCCCACCACUGAGUUCACAGUGAAGCUAAGAGGAUGUCCCUUCAAUGUCAAAGAGCAACAAGUACGAGAGUUCAUGACUCCUCUGAAGCCUGCAGCCAUUCGAAUCAUCAAGAACGCCACUGGCAACAAAACCGGGUAUAUAUAUGUGGACAUGCGGUCAGAAGAGGAGGUUGAAAAGGCUCUGAAGAAGAACAAAGAUUACAUGGGGGGGCGCUAUAUUGAGGUUUUUCGGACGAGUGUGAGGGGUGAGGUGCGCACGGCGAGGCGGGAGAAAGGGAGCGAGAGGAGCUUCACCAGGGAGCUGAAGGAUGAUGAGGAAGAGGAAGAUGUUGCAGAGUCAGGAAGACUCUUCAUAAGGAAUCUGCCCUACACUUGUACAGAAGAGGAGCUCCAAGACCUAUUCUCCAAGCAAGGUCCUCUGGCUGAAGUGGUUUUCCCCAUCGACAAUCUGACCAAGAAGCCUAAAGGAUAUGCCUUCGUCUCUUACAUGAUCCCUGAGAAUGCAGUGACAGCACUGGCCCAGCUAGAUGGACACAUAUUCCAGGGCAGGAUGCUGCACCUGCUUCCAUCCACUCUGAAGAAGGAGAAGUCUGAUUCUGCCCACUCUGGCCCAGGCCCCUCUUACAAACGGCAGAAAGACGCCAAGAACAAAGCCAGUAGUACAAGCUCCCAUAACUGGAACACCCUGUUUCUGGGCACCAGUGCUGUAGCAGGUGCUAUCGCUGAAAAAUACAACACCACCAAGAGCCAAGUCCUGGACCAUGAGUCUAAGGGGAGUGUAGCAGUGAGGAUGGCUUUAGGAGAGACUCAAAUUGUCCAGGAGACUCGACAGUUCCUGUUGGACAACCAUGUUUGUCUGGACUCCUUCAGUCAGGCGGCGGGGCCUCGUAGCAUGUCUGUGUUCCUGGUGAAGAAUCUUCCAGCGGGAGUGACGGUGGAGAACCUGGAGGAACUGUUCUCGCCGCAUGGCACCCUGGGUAGGGUGCUGCUGCCGCCUGCAGGCUUGACGGCCAUCAUAGAAUACCUGGAACCCACUGAGGCCAAACAAGCCUUCACUAGACUGGCAUACAGCAAGUUCCAGCAUGUCCCCCUAUAUUUGGAGUGGGCCCCUACGGGAGUAUUCUCAGCAGCCAUGCCUAGCAAGACACUUACACCAGAUCCGGAGUCCACCACCAAAACCUCAGCACAGGAGGAGGAGGAGGAGGAGGAGGAGGAGGAAGCACUGGGAUCCACCCUCUUCAUCAAGAACCUCAACUUCACCACAACAGAGGAGACAUUGCGUGAGACCUUCUCCAAAUGUGGCACAUUGAAGACCUGCACCAUCUCCAAGAAAAAAGACAAGACCGGUCAGCUGUUGUCCAUGGGGUAUGGCUUUGUCACCUAUCGGACGCAGAAGGCAGCAGAGAAGGCCAUAAGGCAGCUUCAGCACUGCAGUGUGGAUGAACACCAGUUGGAGUUGAAAGUGUCUGAGAGAGCCACCAAGUCUGCAGUAGUGUCUCGUAAGAAGCAGGCAGAGGGGAAACAGACCAGCUCUAAGAUCCUUGUACGCAAUGUCCCCUUCCAGGCCACAGUCAGGGAGAUACGAGAGCUCUUCUGCACGUUUGGGGAGCUGAAGACUGUUCGUCUGCCAAAGAAAGCGUCCGGUACUGGCAUGGGGGCUCACCGCGGGUUUUGCUUUGUAGACUUCCUCACCAAACAGGAUGCAAAGAAAGCAUUCUCAGCACUGUGCCACAGCACCCAUCUGUAUGGGCGGCGGCUGGUUCUAGAGUGGGCCGACGCUGAAGACACUGUGGAGACGCUACGCAGGAAAACAGCAGAGCAUUUCCAUGACAUUCCUAAGAAGAAGCGGAAGGCCGAGGUGAUGGAGGGUAUUAUGGAGACGAUGGAGGCUGGGGGGACAGAGGAUGACUGACCUCUCAACCACACACCCCAACCCAGCCCUGAUUGUUGCUCUGUCGACCCAUGUGGGUAGGAAUGACUGCGUAAUCUGGACCUGUGUGACAGGAGAAGAAAGAAUGAGAUGGACCAGAACUCGACAGAAGCCAAUUAUUUUGUCAGUGAUUCUGCUCAAAGCCUUGACAAUCCUCUCAAACACACUGAGGCACUUUGACAGAGCGUUGUUGUUAGGAGGAACGGGUGUGGGUGUGUGAGGAGAAAGCGGGACAGAGAGAGCGAAUGUCUGUGAGAGAGCUCUGAUGAUGCAUGGGACUCUGAUGACAUGAUUGAUAGGAUUAUUUGUACACAACAAUUAAAUGUUACCUAUCUGCUACUGUAGCUUUAAGUUUUUAUUGAAUUGUAUUUUAUCAGAAAAUUGAACAUAUAAUCUAUCUACGUUAGAGGGUUAGACUUUUAUUUUGAAAGUCCUUCAUCUUUGGUCACAUGAACUAUAUUGCUAAAAAUGGCUGACAGGCGCACACAGAUGUCAGUAACAACAGAGAAGAUGUUUAUGUUUUCAUGUGUUUUUUAUUUAUCAUGGACGUCUGUUCGGGCCGAGAUUCAUUCUGCAGUUCUCGAUAAACAAACUGGCCAGCUGUCCUUGGAGGAGGGGUUCCGAGACGACUAUGUAGCCUGGGCGAACUUUACCGACGACAUCAAGAACUCGGGCUGGGCAUAUCUGGAAGUGACCACUAGCGGAAGCUAUAAUGAUAGUAUCCAGGCGUAUGCUUCCGGGGCCGUUGAGGCUACAGUCACCUCCCAGCUGAUCUAUAAGCACUGGAUGAACACACUUAUGGGGUACUGCGGUCCGUUUACCUUCGAGUCGGGAUUCUGCCAGAGGCUAAAGGAUUACAUCACUUCCAACCUGCAAUGGGUCAGACAGCAGAUAGAGGAGCAUCCACACUGUCCCUACUGGCACCAGGUGCGGUUGGCGUUGCUGCAGCUGAAAGGUCUGGAGGACGGCUACAAUGAUCAGCUGUCAUUUCCCAGUGGCCCUUUCACUCUCAACCCCUUCGGCUUCCUACUUUUCCAGAUGGGAGGAGACCUAGAGGAUCUUGAAGGGGCCCUAAACAAAUCUAGCCAUUCACGGACUCUGGGCUCCGGCUCUUGCUCCGCCCUCAUCAAGCUGUUGCCUGGCAACAAGGAUCUACUGGUGUCUCAUGAUACCUGGAACAUCUACCAGGCCAUGCUGCGCAUCCUAAAAAAGUACCAGUUUGCCUACCGUGUCUCUCCUACAGACAGUGAUAUGAUCCCUGGUGGAACCCAGGCGUUCUCUUCCUACCCAGGCUCCAUCUUCUCUGGAGAUGACUUCUACAUCCUUAGCACUGGGCUGGUUACUCUGGAGACCACCAUUGGCAACAGUAACCCCGCCCUCUGGAAGUUUGUUCAACCAACCGGAGCAGUGAUGGAGUGGCUGAGGAACAUCGUAGCCAAUCGGCUGGCUACAACUGGCAAGGCGUGGGCAGAGAUUUUCAGCAAACACAACAGCGGAACGUAUAAUAACCAGUGGAUGAUAGUGGACUACAGGCAUUUCACUCCAGGGAUGACCGAGACUAAGGAGCAGCUGUUUACUGUGCUGGAGCAGAUCCCUGGGCUAGUUGUUCACUCUGAUAAAACCCAGGAAUUGCUGCAGAAAGGCUACUGGUCUAGUUACAACAUCCCGUACUAUGAGGAGGUGUUUAAUGCCAGCGGCUGUAGAGAACUGGUAGAGCAGUUUGGUCCAUGGUUUUCUCUGGACAUGAAUCCUCGAGCCCAGAUCUUCAGAAGGAACCAAUCACACGUCACAGACAUGGACUCCAUGGUCCGCCUCAUGAGGUAUAAUAACUUUAAAGAGGACCCAUUGUCACGGUGCGAGGGCUGCGACCCGCCUGCUAACGGAGAGAACACCAUCUCGGCCCGCUCCGACCUGAACCAGGCUAACGGGACAUAUCCCUUUGGAGCGCUGAAGCAGAGACCACAUGGUGGAACAGAUAUGAAGGUGACGUCUUAUGAGAUGUGGCGUGAGUUUGGGUUCUUGGCAGCGAGUGGACCCACGUGGGACCAGGUACCUGCUUUCCAGUGGAGUUCCUCUCCCUACUCAGACCUGAUGCACAUGGGACACCCCGACACCUGGGCUUUCACACCUAUACAUGUCACCUGGUCUACCUAACCCGUAACCUUUAAAUUAACCCUACACGCACACAUCCAUCAGUGUAAGAAAAUAAACUGAGGGGUGCUGGAUUUCAUUUGAAAAGGGGAAAUGAUUACAAAUGUAAUGCAAAUGGAUAUACAGUACAACAGUAAGCAUAUGUUUACUGCACUGCUGUUUGAGAUGAAGGGAAUGUGUUUUAACAGUUUAAAAAACAAAAUCAUUUUUUGCUCAUACUGGCUGUCUCAUAUUGAAUGUAAUGUGAGAUGGUAUAACUCUGUCUGAAAUGAGACUUCCACUAUUGACAAUAUUGAGGUAGGAAAUUGUACCUCUUAGACGCACAAAAAAUACUUUGUUAGGGCAAUAGAGAAUGAUUUUUGUUUUCCAUUUUUAAAUCUGUUUUCAAUUUGAAUCCUAAAGUAUUCUACCAUUUGAUUAAUGCUGCUAAGGCACUGGUCAAUUCAUUUAAUUCAUAUCAACGCUAUUAAGACCGUAAUCAGAUCAAAAUAUGUAUUACAUUUCUCAUUUGACAGAUAAAGGCUUGAAUGUGUCCAAGUUUUUUAUUUUUUAUUCAAUGGUCAAUGGUUGUCAUUAAAUGAGUUUUGAACUUCA